AUGUUGUCGUCGGCGUUCUCAGCGCCCGAAGAGGCGAAUUAUACGCAGGUAAUCAAACCGACCUGUGAGGCAUUCCAGGACCUCGGUGAACGAUGGCCUACAGCCUCACAACCUGUUCAAUACCCGCAAUCCUCAGCUCCAUUCCAAUUGUUAUUCCCACCACAACCUGAAUGGUCAUAUCAUCAUCAUGCGCAUAUUCAACAGCAAUUACAACAGACUGCUGUUAUGGCGCCACCACCAGCUCCGAUCGAAAUGAAAGCUGAACCAGAACGACCUGACGUUAUUCAGAGACUAUCAGCUGCUCCCUCGUCAUGGCCUUACACAUUCUCACAAGAGGAUAUUGCUCUCUCAUCUACUCAGUUGCCUGAUGAUUCUGAUUCUACUUGUUCUGAAGAUCUCGAAGCGUUUGCUAAAACUUUUAAGCAGCGCAGGAUCAAGCUUGGCUAUACACAAGCUGACGUCGGCCUUGCACUCGGUACUCUCUAUGGAAAUGUAUUCAGUCAAACAACUAUUUGUCGAUUCGAAGCACUGCAAUUGAGUUUCAAGAAUAUGUGUAAAUUAAAACCUUUAUUGUAUAAAUGGCUGGAAGAAGCAGAUUCAACAAGUUCAUCACCGAAUAGCGCUUUCGAGAAGAUGACUGGUCAAGGUGGUCGAAAGCGCAAAAAGCGAACAUCAAUCGAAGUUCAAGUCAAAAGUCGCCUUGAGUAUCAUUUCCAGAAGAAUCCCAAGCCAAAUGCACAAGAGAUCGCACAAGUUGCCGUUGAAUUACAACUCGAAAAAGAAGUGGUCAGGGUUUGGUUUUGCAAUCGCAGGCAGAAGGAGAAACGAAUGACACCUCAAUAUGGUCAAGAACUUAUUGUUCACCCGAACGCAUAUCCACAAGAUACGUUUGUUUAUAAUUGA